AUGUCUGCCUCGCCGGAACCACCUGCUCCUGCUCCCGAAUCCCCUCUGGUGGACAAAGAGGACGACAGCCCGCAAAACAACACCGCCAACGCUAGCAUCGCAGACGUGGACCUUUCCGACGAUGAAUCUCUCCUUUCUGACGUCGACGACGCGCAGUUCGAAGACUUCGACGCAGCAAAUGUCUCCAUUGACGAACGUCCCGCCAUCGCCAUAGACGAGGAGAACCUAAAGCUCAUUGGACGACAUAAGCGCGCCCGCAACGAGGAAGAGGAAGAGGAGCGGAAAAGGAGGAAGAAUAAAGAGGGGCGUCGGGAGAAGAAGAGCCGCCGGAGGCAAGAGAGUGAUGACGUGUUUAGUGGUAGGGAGGAGAUUGAUGGGAAGCGGGUGAGGAAGCGGAGAGAAGGGGGUGAGAAGAGGAGUAGUAGGAAGGUUGUGGAGGAGGUUAAUGAGGAGGAGUUAGAUCCUGCUACACGUCGUCGACGGGCGCUUGAUCGUAUGAUGGAUGAGCAGCUUAAGAAGCCUACGAAACGCCGAGCUCGUAAGGCAGAUGGCAUUGAUCUUGCCGACCUAGCCGAUGCGGAGAUUGAAGAUGUUCGAAGACGUAUGACAGAUGCUGCGAGACUGGACAGCAUAGCGCGGAAAGAGAACCGGCCCGCGAUGCACAAAUUGAAGAUGCUCCCGGAAGUUGUUUCGCUCCUAAAUCGCAACCAGUAUAUCACCAGUCUAGUUGACCCGGAAAUCAACCUUUUAGAAGCUGUCAAAUUCUUCCUGGAGCCAUUGGACGACGGCUCCCUGCCGGCAUAUAAUAUUCAGCGUGACCUCCUUGACGCACUGGGCAGACUCCCCAUCAACAAGGAGACGCUCAUCGCGAGUGGCAUUGGCAGGGUCAUAGUAUUUUACACCAAGAGCAAGCGGCCUGAGAUUGGAAUUAAGCGACAGGCGGAACGACUUCUCGCAGAAUGGACUCGUCCCAUUUUGCAGCGCAGUGAUGAUUAUUCGAAGAGAGUCUACGAGGAAGCCGAUUUUGAUCCUAGUCAACUCGCUUCUCGCAACCAGGGUGUAUCAGCCCAAGCCACAGCUGCGGAGGCUCGUGCACGAGAGCUUCUGCCCCCUCGCCUCGCCAAUCGUGCGCGUGUCGAAGCUGGACAUACGUCGUAUACCAUCGUACCGCGUUCAACCACAGUUCAGGAAAGCAGAUUUGCGCGUCCCUUGGGCUCAAGUGGUGAGGAUCGUUUUCGACGGAUGAAGGCACGACAGGCGGCGGCAACGAAGGCGUCGAAGAGGUAA